AGAGUUUAGAACGUGAGAUCUAGAGUACUAGAUAGAAUAGAUUACUAGAAUCUAGAUUUAGAUAUCCAUCGCUUAAAAUUAAAUAAAGCCUGAAUCGUCAAUAUAAUGUCGAAAAAACCUACUGUACAUUUAUCUAAGAAGAAAGUCCACGCUCAAGAUGUAUCAAGUGUAGUUUUGACUGCAGUUGCUCUUCAAGAUCAUCUGUCUCGAACAUUAUCACUGGGUUCAUACUGUGGACCAAAACAGAUUGGCUUGGGUCCAGCUGCCAGGGCUAAACAAAAACGAGAGGUGAAACCAGUUGUUGAUACUGGUAGAAGCAAAGUAGGAAUAAAAAGAAGAAAUGACGACAAGAAAGAAAGGGAAUAUGUGUUAGAUGAGAAGCCCCCACCACUCACAUUGGCACAAAAAUUUGGGUUGGUCAAUGCACCAAAGCAGUUGUUAUCAGAACAAGAGUGGACUCAUGUCAAGGCCAAAUCUAAUGAACGAGAUGAUUCCAAAGAGCCUUGUGUGAUUUGUAAGGAAGAUUUUGGCCUUCAGGAGCAAGUGUUGCUGUCCUGCACCCAUGUAUUUCACAGGGCCUGUCUUCAAGCUUUUGAAAGAUUUACUGGAAAAAAAACUUGCCCUAUGUGCAGACAUGAACAGUACCAAACAAGAGUUAUACAUGAAGGUGCAAGGCUUCAUAAACACAGAUGUGCAACAAAAAUUCAGUCUUGGUGGAGAGGGUAUGUUGUUAGAUGCUGGUACAAGCAGCUGAGACAGACUGUCCCUCCAAAAGAUCCUAAACUACGUAAAAAAUUCUAUGAAGAAAAGCUUACAGCAAUAGUUGACCGCAUGAUAAAAUCCAUUGAUGUCAACAUGGCAGAAUUCAUGAGGGAAAUUGAUGCUAGUGUUCAGCUAAGUAGGGACAUCUUUAGUCAGUGGGAUGCUGUACAUAAUGAAAUUUCAGCUGAAGAUUGGGAAGCUAUUCAACUCAAGGCUGUGUUGAGAGGAGAGGUGGACUGUCCUAUUUGCCUAACAGAGCUCCAGCUGGCUAGUGACUUACACCUAACCAGCACUGAUGACAAGAGUUCCAACAGCAGUGAUGUCCCUUUAGGAUUCAAGAAGGACCAACCAGCACCAAAAUACUCAACAGCAGGGGCAGAAAACAAGAGAAAAAACACGGACAAGAAACUGCUUGAAAAACUCAGCAGACAAGCACUGCCAGAUUUUAAAGGCCAGACAGCCGUGGAACAUUCUAGGGAAUCUGUUCCAUUUAAACCUAACCCCUUGGCCAGCUCGACAAAGAUGAUGGCCACAAGAGCAAGGAGCACUGUACUCUUGUCAUGUACCCAUGUGUUUCACACCACCUGUCUGAGAACACUGGAGGAGCUGGCCAUGGCUGACCUAAGAAAUACAUGCCCGGUGUGUAGAGCCCAUUCCCAAAAAAAGGUCAUCACCUACUGAUAUAAAAAUUAACUCUUUAGCAACUUGCUUCCCCAGAACUAGACUCCACUUUUGUAAAAUUUUCACAAGGUUUAAGAUUUUGUUUUCCGUAACAUUUUAUAUUAAGC